AUGUUGCGUGAGCAUGACAUUUCCAUUGCUGCGUUUCAGGAAAUCGAUGUUAACCGGGCAUCGUCUGUUGGGUGGGCCGUUGCCUGGAAGAGGAAAGGCUAUCGUGUUACUUUAGGCCCCGUCGGGCCUCGUGGUGAUCAUCGCGUUGCGUUGGCCUCUAGCAUUCCAAUGAAGCCGGUUAGCCUGCAGAUGAGCACGGCAAGCGACCGGGUCGCCGCUGGCUUAGUGGCCUGGCCCUUUGGUGACCGGACGGCUCAGGUGUUGGUGGUCUGCUUCUACGGCUAUCCCGCUGACCUGGCGUGUACCUCCGAGGCCUUUUCCGCCCUGAUGGAGGCCAUCGCCCUCUUUGGUGGGCUUUUUGUGAUCCUUGGUGAUUUCAAUUGUUGCACGCAGGAUGAAGGCACGGUCGCAUCCAUGUUGAGCUACCAUGUUGCUCGUGCGGCUGACUCCGCUUGCUUGACAGACCCUGAGUUCACCAAUCCUCAAAGAACACGGCGUAUCGACUAUGCAUUGACACAUCUGGACUUGGUUGCUCAACAGGUACACACCUUCAGGGUGCCCGGCAUCUCGGACCACGGAUUGGUGCGUGUGGACUUUGAUCGCCGAAGCUUCCAGCCUUCAUGGGGUAAACCUCACUUCGCCGACUUUGUGGGCCCUGCUCCCUCAGUGGAUGACCUUGACCCUUUCCCACUCUCGACUCUUACGGAUUUGCUUGUCAAUGACAACCUGGAUGAGGCCUGGACUUUACUCUCUGAUUGGGCUGAAGUUUUCCUCGGGGUCCAUAACCCUGUUGCCCCCCGCAGCAUGCCUUGGCAACCUGUGGCACGCUCGACCCCGUGCGGAGCUCCGUCGGUUGCUGGGCACGAACCCGCUCCGCUUAGUGCUCUCCGCCGCCUUGAGCAACGACUUGAUCAGUUGAUUCACCGUCCUUGGGACCAAUGGCUUCGUGGCCGCAUCUCUCGCUCCCUGCGCCAGGUCCAUCAUUUGGUGCCGGAGCUUCCCCAUUUAGAUUUGGAUUUCCCGGCCUCUGCUCUUGAUCAGGUUGUGGAAAUGCUGAAGCUCCAUCAAAAAGCACACCGUGCGGCCUGCUUGGCGAAGUGGCGGCUCAAGACCACUGAGACAGUUACUGGAGCUGUCAACUGGGUCAAGAAAAGGGCGGAGCGUGAAGUGAUGUUACAGUCGCCGCUUCCCUUGGAAACUGUGGCGGCUGGCCAGGUUCACCCUGCCGACCGUGUUAAACACCACGGUGAGCUAUGGUCGCGCAAGUGGCAAACCCCUGCCACUACGGCUGAUUUGCCUGCGUAUCAACGCAUUUUGGCCUCCUUGUCUUCUCAUCCUUCCUCUGAUUUGGACCUGACCCCGACAUCCGAUGAGCUUCGUCGGGCCAUGAAAAAGAUGAAAUCGAAAGCUCCAGGCUCCGAUGCCUGGUCGGCCAAAAUGUUCUUAGCGCUCCCAGCGUCGUGGUGGGAUGGUUUCUGCCUUCUCUGGACGGCGGUUCUUCGCCUGGGCCAGGUUCCCAACAUCUGGCGUAGAUCGCUUGUGGUUUUGCUAGAGAAGAGCAAUCAGUCUUCCAGGCCCAUUGCCUUACUCCCUAUGGCGUGGCGUGCUGGGGCCCGUGCUAUUGCUUGGCGCCUCAAGGCUUGGGUCCUGUCUUGGUGUAGCCCACGUGCUUGCGGCUCUGCCCCGGGCAAAAGUGUUGCGGAUGUUCAUCGACGCAUCUUGCAGGCUUGGCAGCAAGGCACUCGGUCCUUUGUCCAACAAGAUCUUAGUGCCUUUUUCGACUCCUUGAGUGGCCCGGUUGUUUCUGCGACUUUGCGGCACCUGGGGGCUCCUGAUGCCCUCACUCGUCUGAUCUCUGGCUUCUACGAGAGGCAAAUGCGGCUGUUUGUAGUGGACUCCCACACCUCACCUCACUGGCGAUCUGCCCACGUUGGCCUCCUACAAGGCUGCCCACUCAGCCCCGUGAUUAGCCUCUGCGUGGGACAUCUGUGGACCGAGUUUGUGUCCUCGACGCAAGUCGAGUCAGGCAUAUUUGUUGACGAUCGUGUGCUAUGGUUGCGUGCACAUGCUCACUCUGCGGCGCAGACUGCGCAAGCGGCUCACCAGGCCCUUUGCAGAAGUGAUCAGUUUGACCAGGCUGCCGGCCUUACUUGUUGUCAGCGUAAGUGCCACCUCGUCACAUGUGACCCUGCGUGCCCGUGGCGCAUGGAGGCUCAGCACCGCGGAUACACCAUCCAACCGACUCUGCAGUUCCUGGGCAUCGAGUUAUAUCUCGAUCAUGGAGGUGCAAGCCUGCUGAAAUUAUGCCUUGCCAAACUUCAUGCUCGACUGCGCCACGCCACCAACCCAGCCUUCAGCCUUGCUGUGCGGCGUGGAGUCAUCAGUAGCUUGGUUUUCCCGGCUCUGUUCUGGGCUGCUGGGGUGGCCAUCCCGUCCCAGAGUGAGCUCACUAGCGUCCGCCACAGCAUAGCGCAGUCGCUUCGUGGUACCCUGACCUUUGAAGCCCCACGUGUUUUGGUCGGGCAGGUCCUGGGCUGGCACAUGGACCCCCACUGGAUGGCUGACUGGUCAUCUCUCAUGGCAUUGUCUCGGACCUUGCUGCGCCCGCCUGACUGGUCGGACGAACUCACACUCGAUGCCCUAACCGCCUACCGCUCAGCCGGUUACCCUGUGGCCCAACAGACUUUGGACCGGCUGGGCUGGAAACUUGAUGUGGCAAACCGGAGUGUUUCUCGCAUCGACGACCAAGGCCUCACCCGGGUGUGCCACUUGGGCGAGGACUCAUUGCUGACCCUCCGCCACUGGCUCAUUGAGGAGUACAAACGCACCACCACUGCAAGUUGUGGCCGUAUUCAGCGUCGCCAACACCGUGGUGACCGCGGUGACCCAUCCCUUGCGGUUGGUUUAGACCUUCCCCGCCCGAACCCUAGGGUUAGGUUUGCCUUUGCCGGCCAUGCACAGCUUUACAAACAAGCCACCACCCUCACUGAGAAGCGGGCUUGCUUAGCGACCGGUGGCACUGCGUGGCACUUUAAUGCGCGCAGAAAUGGUACGAUGGCAACUUGUAUGUGUGGGCGUGAGUGGCCGUCUCGCAGUCACCUCCUUUGGACCUGCCCUGCGCUGGCAAAUGAACGUUCAGCCCUCACGCUGCCUGAGAACCGAGUGGAGGAGCGCCUUAUGGGCCACCCCAUCCUGGAAUACCCGGCGGCCCCUACGGCCAACGAUCAACAAUGCCGCGAUCAGCUGGUCCAGUUUUUCGUGAAGGCUGUUACUCUUGGACAUCACGAGCUGCUUUUCGCCACCGACGGCUCCAGCCAGGACGGCGUCGGCAGCUAUGCGAUUGCCUGCAACUCACCCCCGGGACAAUUUGCAGGAGCUGACUCGUCUGAAGAUCAGUCUCCUUUCAGAAUGGAACUCCGAGCACUGGAUGAACUCUUCGCAGCCCUGGUUGAAGUUCAUUCGCCUCCUCGUAAACUUUGGGUGCUCGUUGAUUGUCAAGCUGCAAUCAAGGCGAUGUGUCGCCCUCAUUCGUGUGGACUGCGCCUUUUGGCAGAACGCCUCCAGGCCAAUGGCAAGCUUGCAAGACUUCGGGGGACUGAGUGGUCCCUCAUCUGGGUCCCCAGCCAUGGGAAGCAGGCCUCCUGGUCUCCUCCGUCAUGCUGCCCUGUGUCUUCGGCGAUGUGUCGACAACUCAACCAACAGGCUGACGAUGCUGCUAAGUCGCUGUGCCAAAGGCGGCAUCAUGGGUCGGCCCGUGCCUCCUGGCACCGAGCUUUUGAACAUGCUACUCAAAAUGAGCAGGCUAUGAUUCGGAUUGCUGUGAAAUCUUCCUUGCGUCUUGAGGCGCACCUAGGUACAGACCGGGACCGUGUCCCCGUUCCUCCUUCCAUCUUUGAUGUUGAGGAUGUAUAG